UCUUGGUAGCGCGAGGCCUGUAAGAAUGCAUCACAUACUGUAGGAAUUGAUAUUACGUUGUUGUUUCGUGUGGAAGUAGCAGUUGGAGGGCUGUUGUCACAUUUGUAAGCAGUUUAACAAUAAUGUUUGCUAACGUUGUGAUGCAACUAAGCAUUUUCCCAUCUCCCGGCGGAAGUGGUCAGUGGAAGCGCUGGACUCCAACUGGUAGCGGGCUAGGGCGUUGCUAGCGGCAGAAAGUGGGAUUUUUUUCGCUACCUUUCCUCAAGUUAUACUCUUCUACUCGCCGCGUCUUCCAUCGGAAAACAGCGCCUUUUGCGUUUGCCAAAAGUUUUAGGGCCUCUCCGAGGCUUUCGGUCGUUGUUUACAGAGGAGCGGUGGAUAGUUUGUGUCCCGUUAGCUGGCCGCAUAGCUAACCUGCUUUCCAUCCACGGGAAUUCUGCCGAGAAACGACCGAAUUCUGGAAACAUGGAGUCAAGCAACGUAGCGCUGUGCUAACCGACUCCGCUGGAUUUUCUCUUUGCUCCCGGAGACUUUUCAACACGGAGACAUAUCGCAAGUUAGUCUGGACUCGAGAGGGUGUUGUUACAUAUAAUUUUCCGUCGCGGCUCGGCUCAUUGUUGUGAACGGGAGUUUGCUUAGUUUGCACUCGAAACAAGAGCACACACGAAGCAAAGUUUUUUUUUUUUUUCUUCUUUUUUGCUGAAAGGGCUCAUCUGUUUUGUUUGCUGGUAGCAGGCGAGAUUUAACCCCACCAGUUUACCGUGAGAAAGGAUUUCCAAAAAAAACCCCAGCCGUAUUUCUUCUUUUAUAUACAUAAAUAUGAUCAUCUUAAGCCGCUUUGUUUUUUAAUCUCAACAUUUAGCCGCAGUUGUUUUGCUAACUUGUAACACGGCUCGUUGAUACUCGCUACUGAGCGAUUCUCAUGAUCACGGGAGAGUCGUUCCCGCAGCCACAGGCAGGCAUUUUUGGGAACAGGGAAUACCAAAUGGGACUGCAGGAAUUUCCAGCAUCUUUAAAGAUCAUUUAGACACCGAGGCCACUCGUAGCCGGUCGAGGGGUGGUGGCAGACGGACUGCAUCGCUGGGCCAAGGUGUCUGGUGCUGCAUUUGGAUUGUUUACACGUUUCCUACCGGCGGAAGCUGGGGAUGUGAAUGCAAAAAAAAAAAAAAAAAGAGUCUCGCAAGGAGUUCAUGCAUGCACGGCAACUUGUGUCAGCUGGAGCUGUUUUUAUAUUUAUUGUUGCUGGCAAAAAGCUCUACACUGUAAGGUCCUUGCUGCUGUUUCAUUUCGACAAGGAUCACCUGUAAACAGGAUCAACCAGGAGUUGAUUCUAAGCACCGCUUAUAAAAAAAAAAAUCUUUGCCUACUCAAAAGACGAAUGCCGGAGAAAGAAGCUCCUGGAAGUCAGGUCACCACGCUCUGGAAAAUGCUAAUGGGAUAUAAUUUGCUGCAAAUCUAGAACCGGAAGCCCAAUGAGUGACCCACAGUUCAGUUCCACUGACAGGUUUACCAAGAAAGCAACAAGAACCAGCAGCAUUCUGAGUAAGGACCAUCCCCCAGACAAGAAACCCAAAAGUGACAAAGCUUCACUUCCCUCCAAUGAGUUUGACCCUACAGAAGCUCUGGUGGUGGAGAAGAGUGGCAACAACAGUGUGCUUGCAGAGGGGAAGCCUGAAUCCUGUGGUCUGGUCCAGCGAUGUGUGAUCAUUCAGAAAGAUGAAAAUGGCUUUGGGCUUACUGUCAGCGGUGACAACCCUGUGUUUGUGCAGCUGGUCAAAGAAGAUGGGGCUGCAAUGCGGGCAGGUGUUCAGACGGGAGACAGGAUCAUCAAGGUUAACGGGACCCUUGUCACACAUUCUAACCACACAGAAGUGGUGAAACUUAUCAAAUCGGGCUCCUAUGUGGCGCUCACGGUUUUGGGGCGCCCCCCAGGACUAGCCCAGAUCCCGUUGCCUGAAGCAGAGCCUGACAUCUUGGGUGUUAGCUUAUCCUCUCCAAACUCUCCAGCAACAGAGCGCCCCUACAGUCCUCAGGACCGCCUCUCCCCCUUCCAACCGUCAUGGGAAGAAAACGGCAGUGCGUGCAACCAGAGGACUGACGUCUUGCAAAAGAAGCUCUCAAAAGAGCAGCAGGAUCUACAGGCAAUGAAAGAGGAGUACAGCAGGAACCCCUCCCCCAAACUACUGAAGGACAUCCAGGAAGCUAAAAAACACAUUCCUCAGCUGCAGGGUCAGCUCUUAAAGUCCACCGAAACAACACAGGAGGCUGUUUCAGGUGGCGAUGCAGACGACAGUAGCACGUACGAGACGGACCGCACGCACACCCCUAAAGCAGACAAUAGCACAGAUCUGUCCUGGAGCAGCACUCCCAUAUUUAGACCAGCGACUCCAGAAAGUCAUUGUCCAAAAGAGCUCUCCUACCCCAGCCCAAAGAGCACACCCCGAAACAGCUUCAACUCCUGCCACUCCCCAGAGACGGAGGACACCACUGACCUGGACUCUCUGUCACCCCCCGCACUCAGCAGUCCCUCCUCUUCUCGCGUUAUCUCGCAAAUUAUCGGAGCUGAAGACGACUAUUUCGGUCGAGACCAAGAGCAGACAAACGGCCAGUGCGACAGCUUUAACAGUAUUGAGCAGCUCAAGUCUCGUCCGGCUCACCUCGCAGCCUUCCUGCAUUAUGUCAUCUCUCAGUUCGAACCUGCUCCUGUGUUGUGCUACCUCUAUACCGAGCUCUACAAGCAGACCAACUCCAAAGAGACCCGACGGGUUUUCAUGGACCUCCACACUUUUUUUAUGGACCGGGGAGCAAAUUUAAAGGUUCCUGUUCCUGAAUCUGUUUCCUCUGAUCUUGAUCGGCGGCGGACGGAGUUGAUACCAGAGGAAAUAAAUAGGCAACAUGUUCAAACGCUGCAGGACUCUCUGCUAGCGGAUUUUGAGAAACACCUCGAGGACUUUAGGCAGAAGCGCAAUAUGGGCCUAACGGUGGCUGAAGCUGAGCUGGCCAGACUGGACCAAGAGAGAGUCCGAGAUCGCGUCACGCUUGAGCGAGAACGUUCAUACGCUGAAAACAUCAUAUCUAAAAUAGAUGACAUUCUUUUAACUACUCAGACCACAGAGGAAGACAAAUGCACUACAAUACAGUUUGUUAUCUAUACGUACAUGAAGCACCUCGGUGUGAGGGUCAAGGAGCCUCGAAAUCUGGAGUCCAAACGGGGUCUGAACCGUCUUUUCCCUAAGAUGAAGCAGAAAAGUAUUAAAGCAGAUAAAGAAGUCGAUGACAGAUUAAAAAAGAAAUUUUUAAAUCUUGUACCUCAGCGUCGACCCAGCCGCAUCGAAGCAGCAGGCAAAAACCCGGAAAAUCGCCCCAGGCCUCAGAAACAGCUGUCUCAGCCAACACUAGGAGCGGUUGAGCUAAUGGAUAGCAGCCGUCUGCGGGGCAGCCAGUCCAGCGAGGGCCCCGAACUCACUCAUUCCUUGUCCGUCUCGUCUCCAAGUAACACCACUUACAGUGUGGAUGCAAACCGAGACGCUGAUUUUGUUUCAGGUGGCACUCCAACAUCAGCCCCCUCCAGGCUGAGUGACGGCCUUCAGCCUGAUCCUCUGGAUGGAUUAGCAUUCCCUGAUUCAACUGAGCUUUAUCACAUGGAGAAGUUACAAGAAGACGACAGAGAAAGCGACAGGGCUCACGACGGGACACCAAAGGCGGUCAGAAGACUUGAGGCAUUGGGUAUCGGAGAUGUCCAGAGCGAGGACGAUCAGGGGACAGACUCUGAGCUCGAUCCCCACAACUGGCAGUAUCUGGUGGGACGAGAGGUCCUCGCGGGACUCAGGCCUCAAGAGAUUAAGAGACAAGAAGUUAUAAACGAGUUGUUUUAUACGGAGCGUGCGCAUGUGGGGAUGCUGAAGGUUUUGGACGACGUUUUCUACCAGAGGCUUUCCAAAGACGCAAUCCUUCCUCCUGCUGACAUCAAGAACAUCUUCACCAACCUGGAAGAGGUCCUACAGCUGCAUGUUUCAAUACUUGAGCAAAUGGCAGCCAUACGGAAGAGAAAUGAUUCGUUGGUAAUAGAUCUGAGGGGGGACGACUUGCUCUCGUGGUUCAGUGGUGCCGAGGAGGAGAAGAUCAAGCAGGCAGUAGGAACCUUUUGCAGCAACCAGCCGUUUGCGCUGGAGAUUAUCAAGACCAAGCAGAAGAAAGACUCGAGGUUCACCUCAUUCAUUCAGGAGGCAGAGAGUAACAGACAGUGUCGACGACUGCAGCUAAAAGACAUAAUUCCUGUUGAGAUGCUGCGGCUCACCAAGUACCCCCUGCUGUUAGACAACAUUGUCAGAUACACAGACGAUCCAGUGGAGAAGCACAAAGUUAAGCAGGCAGCAGAUUGCUGUAGAAAGAUCCUUAGUCACGUCAACCAGGCUUUAAAAGAGUCUGAGGACAAACAGAAAUUAGAGGACUACCAGAGAAGAUUGGACCUCUCCUCUCUAAAGCAGACAGACAACCCAGUGAUCCUCGAGCUAAAGAACCUGGAUUUGACCAAGAAGACACUGAUUCACGAGGGCCCUCUAUCGUGGAAAAUGAACAAGGACAAGACUAUUGGUUUGCACUGAUUGU